GCAGAAAGAUUUGUUGCAGGAAAGUAUGCAUAAUAAUCAAGUAACAAAACUCGUUUUUAAAAAUGAAAAUUCAACAUAUACAUUUCAUAUUUGGUCUUUGUUUUGUUUGGCAAUUUGACAGUAAAAAAUUUUAUCAUAAAAGCUUGCCACAACUUAACUUAAAUAAUGAAAACGAGGAAAAGGUUUAUCUGGUUUGUCUUCGAAAAAAGUAUGAUAUUUAUUUUAUGAAUUGCACCCCUACAAACUUGACCGUACCCAGCAGUACCACUACAAACAUUACACUGCCUUAUAGCACUCAAAAAAACUUUACGUUACUUACCAAGAUAUCUGCUAACUUUAUCUUACCCAAUAGCACCUAUAGAAAUGUCACCCUAGCCAACAACACUAUAAACGAGACAUUUUUACAUGUUUCCUUUAAUAAAAAACCACUUGAAGUUUUGAGAAAACACCAUUUUAAAAGGUUAUCUAAAAAUAAAAAAACUAUUUUGCCAAAUACUGCGAAAAAAACUAAAAAUAAACUGGAUGUCAAAGUAACUGCUGAUCAAGAGCAAAAUAGCAAAAAUGUCUUAUCCAGAAAGAUUUUUGGCACAUUUGAUGGCAUUACGUCUACAUCAAGCUUAUUAAGUAUGAAUACAGCCGCCAAACUUGAAAUACCGACAGGACAAAAAGAAGAGACAUUUGAGGACUAUUACUCUAGUGACCAUGGUGACCAUAUGCUCAAGCUGCAUAAAAGUUCUACAAAAGACAAACUCGAAACUCCAAUACAAUCUUCAGAAGUUGAUAUAUACCCUUUAGAAAUAAACAUACUUUCUUCGAAAGUUGGUAUACAGCCAUCGGAAGUGAAUGAUUUACAAUCAAUCCAAUCAAUACUAUUUUUUUCUAGUAAACCAAUAACUAAUAAUAAGCUUCAAGCAACUUCAUUAGCAACUUCUGCAAUCUUGUCGACACCUUUUAUUCGACCAUACUCUACAAUCAUGCCGACAAUUUUUACUCAAUCUUACUUUAUUACCGAUAUAAACAAUGGCGUUCUUUAUAACAACUCGAUAAAAAGCACUACGCUUAACAUUUCUAAUUCAGUUCAAUUUAAUCAUGAAAAGCAAAAAAAAAAUAGUUUGUCUUCAGCAAUUAUUUUAAUGACGCCAACUAGUGAUGUGAGACACACUUCUGCAAUUAUAGACAAAACGUUUGCCCGUUUAAACUCAAGCAAGCAGAUAGAAACAAUUAUUAGACAAUCGUUUAUUCAAGCAACAUCAACAAUAAUAUUAAAUCAAACAAAAAAACCUGAUGAGCAAGCAAGGUUUCAGCAACAUUUAGCAGAUAAAAAAAAUGUUUACCUGAACAAUGAUAAACUAGUUGAAAGUUCUGCAAACUCUCCAUUUUUAACAAUAACAAAGAUUUUAGGUAAGAAUUUCUUGGUAAAGUUUGAAAUACUACGGCUCUUCACUCAUCCGUUGUAUACGAAAUCAUCAGAAGCAUACCAACUACUUAAAAAAAGAACUGAAAAAGCGGUUUCAGAAUUAUACAACGGAUACGAAGAAUUUAAAGGAUGUAAGGUUGUUGGUAUGAACCGUGUUAAAAAAGAUAACAUGACAUCUGUGGAAAUGGAAAUAUAUUUUACUGAACGCGGAGGUAGUCAUUUAAAACCUUUACAGCAACAGUUAGCAACCGGCAAACUAGGAGACAAGCAAACCGAAAAAGAAAUAGAAAUUGCGUUACUAAAUGAUGGGAUCACGGAUAUAAAUUGGUGUCUUCCGCCAUGUUUGAAUGCGUAUCAAUGUUACCCGAAUUGCGAAAAGAAAUGUUGCGAACUUUCUAAAUUUAAAAUUAAUUUUAACAGACAGCUAGAUACAAACCAAUAUAAUUGGCAUCCAGCUGUAAAUCCAUAUAGUAGAUAUCCAACAAUAAAUCCUUUUGUUUAUUCAACCAAAAAUUCAUUUGAUAGAUAUAUAGUUGAAAAACAAAAUGCUGGAUAUCCAACGAUAAAACCAUAUGGUGGGUAUCCAAGCAUAAAUAGUUUUUUGAAAUAUAGUGAUAUGACAAUAAAUAACCUACCUACAAGUAUACAAUUACAAAAAAAUGAGUACGAAAAACUACCAUACUCCUCAACAAAUGUCGAAGACAACAAUUUUAACUCCAAAAAAUUGAAUCCCGUUUAUGUUAUCUACAAAUAUAUACCCAUAAAUGUUGAUGGAUCCGUUUACCCAAUCAAUAAAUACGAAACUAAUGUUGCUGGGAGCAUGUAUCCAAAUGAUAAAUACCAAUCUAGUUUAGAAAUGGAAAACCAACCAAUGUUCUGUGAUCCGUUGUGUAAAUACAAGUGUUUACCAGCGUGCCAUAAAAUAUGUUGUACAACUAAAUAGAAGAAAUUAAAAAUCUGUUCAUUAUUGAAA